GUGGUUUCUCUAUAGUUGUUUCAGGUUGUCCAUGAAGCUUCCUGCAUCACUUCUUCCAUGUCGGAAUACGUCAGUUCUGGAUCACUGCAUCACUUAUACCCUGAUCCUCUCUGCCUCAGAAAACACUCCCUCCCACCCACCCACCCACCCACCAUCAUCUUGCUCUUUAAGGGAAGGUCUCCAAGAUCCUAAAGCAAGAAUCAGGAAGCCCAUCUAAUGCCUAAGAGGUUUAUGAGCAGCUAAGGACAUGGACUUGCUCCUGGAAGAAAGCCAUGGUAUGUCUGCCAGCGUCUCACUCACUGUCUUAAUUAAUGUGCGCGGGGUUCUCGGGUUAUUCUUAGAACCUGUAUUGUUACUCUAUGGAAUCUCUGCUGCUUGUCACCUUUGCUUUUUGCUUGUGCUCUCUGCUCUUUGGCUCCACCGGUGCUGUGAUUCUGGCAAAGACUCCCACAGGGGAGUUCCGAAAAGCAUAUUCUUGUAUUACAGAUUAGUCCUUUUCACCUCCUUGAGCUUGGGUUUGUUUCAUCUCCCAACGUGCAUUUUGAGCUACUUCUGGUAUCAGCAUGAUGACCGACUUCUCGCUAUCGAAGUUGGUUUGGCUAUCAGAACAGCUGCAAGGUUUGCCAUGACUGCUUAUUUGCUUCUUGAAUUCAGCAGUUCAAGUGAGGAUAGGUUUCCAACAUUCCUUAGGGUUUGGUGGGGUCUUUUCUUGCUGUUAUCCUGUUCUGGCCUUGUUGUGGACAUUCUUUACUUCAAGAAGCAUAACUUUGAGAAGACCCAUCAGUUGGUGUUUGACUUCUGUUCAAUUCUAGCUGGAUUGACCUUUAACUAUGCCGGAUUCUUUGGUAAGAGGAUUCCGGAAGAGAAAACUAAUCAUGAGGAACCUCUCUUGAAUGGUCGUAAUAUCAAUGGAUCUUCCACUGUGAGUGGGGCUGGCUAUGCUGCCAUCUCCCAAUUCGAAAAUGCUGGCAUACUGAGUACCCUUUCCUUCUCCUGGGUCAGUCCUUUGCUUUCUGUUGGUCACAGAAAGACUUUAGACCUCAAAGAUAUUCCACAAUUAGCUAGUGAUGAUAAUGUUCAUACUGUCUUCCCAAUAUUCAAAAGUAAUCUUGAAUCUUAUACUAGUGCUAGUUCCAAUAGUAUAAUUACCUCAUUUAUGUUGGCUAAGGCAUUAAUCUUCUCUGUCUGGGGACACCUUUUGUUGGCAACUUCUAGUGCACUCUUGUCCACUGUGGCUUCAUUUGUUGGCCCCUAUCUCAUUGGUUACUUUGUUCAAUACCUCAGUGGCGAUCGGCAAUUUGAAAAUCAAGGGUACCUUCUGGUUCUGGCGUUCAUUCUGUCAAAUCUUGUUGAGGGUUUUUGCAAUAGGUUUGAGAGUUUCAUAUUACAACAGGUUCAUAUCAGACUCAGGGCCUCCCUUGUUUCUGUGAUCUACCAAAAGGGUCUUACUCUAUCUAGUCGCUCAAGACAAUGUCGAACCAGUGGAGAAAUCAUAAAUUACAUUAAUAUUGAUGCUCCAAGGGUUAGUUCUUUCAGUUACCACAUGCUUCAUCUAUCAUCUGUCCCAGUAAAUGUUAUUCUGGCCUUGUUAAUCUUAUAUCCUCAAACGGGGCUUGCUUCACUAAUCGGCUUAGCGGCCACCUUUAUUGUAAUGUUGAUUAAUGUUCCCAUAGCCAAGCUAGAACAGAAUUACACAGAAAAGAUUAUGGAGUCUAAAGAUCGUAGAAUGAAGGCUACAACAGAGAUCUUGAGGAAUAUGAGAAUUCUCAAGCUUCAAGCUUGGGAAAUGAAGUUCUUAUCCAAAAUAAUGGAAUUGAGGAAAAAUGAGAUAAGUUGGUUGUGGAAGAUUGCUUAUGUAUCAGCUGCUGCAAUUUUUCUCGUCUCCUGUUCAUCAAUUUUUGUAGCAGUAGUUGCCUUUGGAGCUUGCAUACUUUUGAGGAUACCAUUGGGAACAGGAAAGGUUCUAACAGCACUUGCAACUUUUAGGACUUUGCAAAAUCCCAUUUUUGCUAUUCCAAAGACAAUCUCAAUGUUAGUUCAGACCAAAGUUUCUCUUGAUAGAAUAUCAUCAUUUCUCUGCCUUGAGGAUUUGCAACCAAAUGUUGUAGAGAAGCUCCCUCGAUGUAGCUCAGAGGUAGCUAUUGAAGUUAGCAAUGGUAAUUUCAUGUGGGAUCCCUCCUCUAAAACUCCUACUCUGAAAGAUCUAAAUUUCCAAGUUUUGAAAGGAACGAGGGUUGCUGUUUGUGGAACUGUUGGUUCUGGUAAAUCAAGCUUGCUGUCAUGCAUUCUUGGUGAAGUCACAAGAAUUUCUGGAACUGUCAAGUUAUGUGGUACAACAGCUUAUGUCUCUCAGUCACCCUGGAUUCAAAGUGGUAGCAUUCGAGACAAUAUAAUUUUUGGAAAGGAAAUGGACAUAGACAAAUAUGACAGAGUCCUAGAAGCUUGUUCUUUGAAGAAGGAUUUGGAGAUCAUGCCUAAUGGUGACCAGACAGUUAUAGGAGAAAGAGGCAUAAAUCUUAGCGGAGGACAAAAGCAACACGUACAAAUUGCCCGUGCAAUAUACCAUGAUGCUGACAUUUAUAUGUUUGAUGAUCCAUUCAGUGCUGUUGAUGCCCACACAGGAUCUCAUCUCUUUAAGGAAUGUUUGCUUGGAUUUUUAUCUUCAAAGACAAUGGUCUAUGUCACACACCAGGUGGAGUUUUUACCUUCAGCUGACCUUAUCCUGGUCAUAAGAGAUGGAAGGAUUGUACAAGCAGGCAAGUACAAUGAGAUAAUUAACUCAGGAACAGAGUUCAUGGAACUGGUUGGUUCUCAUAUAGAUGCUUUGGCUGCACAUAACAUGAUAAAACAUACUUCUAACACUUCAAGUGACACUAUUCAAGGUGGUCCUUCUGCCUCAAAGUCUAGUGUACCAGUUCCUCAACAAGCAGAAUCGAAGGAUCCAGAGAAUGGUCCAUCAGAUGAAGUUAGGCCGAGGGGUCAGCUUGUUCAAGAAGAAGAGAGGGAGAAAGGCAAAGUGGGGUUUCUGAUAUAUUGGAGGUAUAUUACAAUGACAUAUAAAGGGGCACUUGUUCUGUUAAUAUUAUUUUGUCAAAUUCUUUUUCAAGUCCUUCAGAUAUGUAGCAAUUAUUGGAUGGCUUUGGAGUCUCCUCUGUCAGAUGACUUGGAACCUCCUGUAAGUGGCUCAAUGCUUAUAUCUGUAUAUGUAGCAUUGGCUGUUGGGAGCUCUGCUUGUAUCCUAAUAAGAACCCUCCUUCUUAUAAUUGCUGGAUACAAGACUGCAACAAUGCUAUUUAAUAAGAUGCAUGCAUGCAUUUUUCGUGCACCCAUGUCAUUCUUUGAUUCCACCCCCACUGGGCGUAUUUUUAAUAGAGCUUCAACUGAUCAACGUGGAGUAGAUACAUACAUUCCAUUCCAAAUUGGAUCAUUUGCAUUCUCAAUUAUAAAUCUUCUGGGGAUUAUUUUAGUCAUGUCACAAGUCGCAUGGCCAGUUUUGAUCAUCUUUAUUCCUGUUGUUGCGACUUGUAUUUGGUAUCAGGUAUCUAUUUUACAAGUUUUUAAUGCUACUUCAAGUGCAGAACUGAGUAAUGUUAGAAAAACUUAUAUCAUCAGCACUAGAUUUUGUAUUCAUUGACUUCUAAAAAUGAAAAUUAUGAAGCAAACAGUUUCAUUUCUAAAAAAUCCUGCAUAAGGAUGAAUUUAGAUAUUAUUUUUCUGAUUGUCUUAGGAAAGCAAAUGCUCUUCUAUUAACAUAGUGAAUUAUGCGAGCAAGACAUUCUUUAAAACUUGGAAGUACUGCAGCCUGAGUCAUCUGUUGUUGUAGCAAGUGAUCAUGUCAACCAUGGUCCAGACAUACUUCUCCAAUAUUGAGAUCGGGCAACUUUUAAAAUCUGACUAUCUUUAUGAAGAUGUUACAAUCCCAUUUUUGUAAACAUUAUUUUUUUUUCUCACCAAUUUUAGAUAAAUCCUAGCUAAAUCAGCUAAAUGCAUAUUACAUUUUCCAUAAUUUUGUUAUUUUCUAUCAUUUUUACAUGUUUCUAAUAUAAUGCUUAAAUUACUCAAAAAGCCGUUGGAUCAACAAAGUGAAUACUGUCAAUUUUUUCUUCUGAAACUAUGUUCCUAAUUUAAGCUAUUAGUUUGAUCUGCCAUUCCAGUUUCUGAAGUAUCAACAGGCAAGACAACAAGGAGACAUUAAAUGCAGAAUAAGGAGGGGUAAUUAUUUUAAAAACAUGUCAUUAUAUAAUGGCAGAAUUUGGAUUGUGCUUUCUCCUUUGAUCACAUUGCCCCAUAAUUCUGUAGUGUUUUGUAAUAUAUAACGGUCUUUUUUGAAGGUGAGACUGAUAAACUGAACAGCAUAAUUGACUGUUUCAUCAUUAGUAUAUGUACACCUUCUAUGAAUUUGUCAUCUUGCAUGACUAUAAUUAUGCCAUUACUCUACAUUCAUACAUUUCCUAUUUCCAUGAUCUAUAAAUUCUAAAAUUCACUUAUAAUCCUGGUCCCUCAGCAAUUCUACAUAUCUACUGCAUGAGAACUAUCAAGGUUGAUUGGGGUUUGCAGAGCUCGUGUAAUCCAACAUUUUGCAGAAUCAAUGUCAGGAUCAAUUUCAGUUAGAGGCUUUGGUCAGGAAAAAGAGUUCGUUAACACUAACUAUAAUCUGAUAAAUGAUCUCUCUCGACUUCAAUUCCAUAGUACAGGUGCUAUGCAAUGGCUUUGUUUUCGUCUCGAUAUGUUGUCAUCCCUUACAUUUGCCUUCUCUCUGAUAUUUCUGAUCAGCAUGCCAGAAGGUGUAAUCGAUCCUGGUAUUGCUGGCCUUGCAGUGACAUAUGGACUUCGUCUGAAUAUGAUACAAACAUGGAUCAUCUGGAAUCUGUGCAGUCUUGAAAAUGGAAUUAUUUCUGUGGAGAGAAUACUACAGUAUACAAACAUUCCUAGUGAACCACCUCUUGUCAUAGAUGAAAACAGACCUGAUCAUCUCUGGCCAUCAAAGGGGAAAAUAGACCUUCUUAACUUACAUCCUUCCUUUGA